AUGUCGUUCAUCAAUAUCUGCCGUGACAACACCGAUGUGUUCUACCGUUACAAGAUGCCUCCUAUUCAAUCCAAGAUUGAAGGUAGAGGUAACGGUAUCAAAACCCUUAUUGUCAACUUGACUGAUGUUGCCAAAGCUUUGGCCCGUCCUCCUUCAUACCUCGUCAAAUACUUUGGUUUUGAAUUGGGUGCCCAGACUUCCAUGAGUGAAUCUACCGACCGUUAUUUGGUUAAUGGGCAACACGAUUCUGCUAAGUUGCAAGACACUUUGGACGGGUUCAUUUCCAAGUUUGUCCUCUGUGCCUCUUGUAAGAACCCGGAAACAGACAUUAUUGUGAAAAAGGGGGAUAUUCUUAUUAGAGAAUGUAAAGCUUGUGGUAAGAUCACCGAUAUUGAUCCAAGAUCCAAGUUGAGCUCUUACAUUAUCAAGAAUCCACCAAAGAAGAUUGCCAAAGGUACUGCCGCCGCUAACGUUGGGGGAUCAACCAUAUCAGACUUGGUCGAUGACAACAAGAAGGAAACCAAGGGAGAAGCUGUUGAAGGCCAAGAUGAAAUCGAAGCCGAAGCCUCUGCUUUGUUGAAGAAAAAAGUUGACUUGAAAGAUGACGACUGGUCGGUUGACAUGUCGGCAGAAGCUAUUGCUGAAAGAGCUAAGAAAUUAUCACUUGAAGAUGGUAGUGCUGCCGUCUCUACCAACGCUAAAUACGAACAAUUUGGUGAAUGGCUUGUCAGCUUUGGUGAUGAUAAGUCUAAAUUACCUUCUGACGUUGAAAUUUUCAAGAAGAUGAGUGAAUUGAAGAUUGACCAUGAUGAAGAAACCUGUCAAAUUCUUGGUCAAGUUUUGUUUGACGACAAUAUUGUGGAAGAAAUUAAGAAACACGAACAAUUUUUGGAUAAACUUCUUGAGACUGAAGAUCAUGAAAAGGCCUUCCUUGGGGGUAUUGAAAGAUUGUUAGGGUUGGAAAAACCAGCCUUGAUUGCCAAAAUGCCAAAGAUUUUGUAUGAAUUAUAUGAUGCCGACUUGGUUAGCGAAGAAGCAAUCAAGAAAUUCGGUACUACUGUCUCUAAGAAAUACGUUGGUGACAAAAAAGUCUCUAAGAAGGUCAGAAAGGCUGCCAAACCAUUCUUGAAAUGGUUGGAAACCGCUGAUGAAGAAUCAUCUGAUGAAGAAGAUGACGAAUAA